GAUACCUCUGGAGCAGCCUGUACUAACGGUCAUCAGUACUUGAUCAGUUUUAUCGCCAAAAUGAACCAGAUGCGAGAAUCUGAGGUGCUAUGUGAUGUCGUACUAAUGACAGAGAAUGGAAGCAAAAAGUUCUAUGCGCACAGAGCUGUUCUUGCCGCAAGCAGUGCAUAUUUUUACAAGCUCUAUACAGGUACUUCGUUAUCAAGGUACAACAGAGAAACAGUUCUACAAGGCAUAACAGACUCUAUUCUUCAGAUUGUUUUGGAUUACAUCUACUCUGCUCACAUCUUUGUUACUGAUGCAAACAUUGAAGAGAUACUUUGCGCUUCUUUUCACUUGGGAUUAGAAUCGUUGAAACUUGAAUGUGAGCAGUUCCUCAUUCGUUAUAUUUGUGUCGAGAACUGCAUCAAAAUGACGGCCAUGGCUCGCAUCUACUCAUGCAAGAAACUUCUGCUGGAAGGAAAGAAAUUCAUGACAGAAAAUUUCUUGGAGAUUCAAAACUCGGAGGAAUUCUUCAAAAUGCCAAAAGAGCAACUGGAGGAAAUUAUCGCAGACGACGACUUGAACGUGAAAAAUGAGGAACAAAUUUUCAAUUCAAUUCGUGCGUGGACAAACUUUGAUGUUAUUUCAAGGCGUGACUCAUUUUCCGACUUAUUGAGUCACGUGCGACUGCCUUUCAUCGCACGAACCUUUCUGCUCGGCACGAUCGAUAAGGAUCCGUUAGUGACGUCAUGUUCGAUUUGUAGAGGUAUAGUAGCCGAGGCCAUGUCUUACAAAAUGGCCGGCCACAAGGAGAAGAAAUUGCUUCAGAAUGAGAGAACUAAACGGAGGUGGAAGUCUCACUUGACAGAUGUUAUCAUUCUGGUGGGUGGAGCCAUUGAAAAUGGCGUCCAAGCUUGCUGUCAUUGUUUCAGUCCGCUGACCAAUAAAUGGUACUGCCUGUCUCCAGUGAUUGACAGUAGGUUGAACUUUGGCCUGGCCAGGUUACAUCGCUGGUUGUAUGUCGUUGGUGGUUCUACUUCUGGAGAGAAUAUGAACGUUCUUUCAAGUGUAGAAAGGCUGGAUCCAAAAUUCAACACAUGGGAGAAAAUCACCUCAACUACGUCAGGUCGCUUUAACCACGAGACCGUCGAGCUCAAUGGGAAAAUUUACGUCGUGGGAGGGGUCCUGGGAAAUAGUAAUCAGGAGCAAGCAAUGGAUUGCUAUGAUCACGUGACUGAUUCUUGGUUCUCGCUGUCCUCGCCCCGUCAGACCCGUUUUACACACUGUGCUGUGUCAUUGGAUGGAUAUGUUUAUGUUAUUGGGGGUGUCUCCAAAAACAACACAGUCCUGAAAACAGUAGAGAAAUAUGACCCGCAACAAGACAAAUGGACCCAUGUCGCCAGUCUACACACCCCGCGCAGCGGAGCAUGUACAGUGGUACUCUUGGGUCGGAUCUACGUCAUGGGAGGCGGGUCAGAUUUUCGUAACAUUUUGAGCUCCUGUGAGAUUUACGAGCCAGAAAGAAAUAAAUGGAUCUACGGGAAAGAUAUGAACACCAAACGUGACCGCGCAGGCGCAGCAACAUUUGGUGGGAAGAUCUACGUGUUUGGUGGUUCUUAUGGUCACGUGGCAGUGACAUCAGUGGAAUGUUAUGAUCGGCGGGUGGAAGAGUGGAACAUUAUAACAGAGCUACCUUACCCACGGUACGGGUUUCGCUGCGCAAAGACCGUUGUCAGUAGAGACAUGAUGGCAGAGGUUCCUCCAAAGCCGAGAGAACCUGCUCAGGAAAAGUUGAUCUAGACCAGGCUUAGAGCUGCGUAAUGUGCUUGUCCACCAUGCAGCUUGGACAUUUCUUGAACUGUCAAUUCUUAGGAUUUUAAGGUUUGUCCUCCAUCAGCAAAUAUAAGCUCCCGUAACCUACGCAGCUUGCGGUUUCAUGCGCGCUCUAAAGUGAUGGGCGGCGAAGUCGUAUUUGGGGUGUAUCCAGGCUCUUAGCAUAUCUUGAUAUUUUUCAUCCCAAACUGAACGCAAAUUGGUAACUAGUGUUCGCGGCUCGUUCGCUUCACAAAACCACCAGAUAGGAAGUCUAAAGGCCCUGCAGGAAAAAAAAAACACUCCCGCGGAAUGCAACGCCACUACAAUUUACUACAAAUCAUUGGUCAAAUAAAAACUCUCCUGGAGGAGGUUCCUUCUCUAAAUAAUUGUAUGAGAUCUUCGCAAUCUUAACUGAAAUGUUCGGCAAUAAGUCACAGUGUUCAAAUGGGAGACUGAUGUAUACCGGAAGUUUAGUGUUCAUUCAAAGCCGCUUUUCCGGUACGGGGUAACGCCCACUUUUGAAUUACUGGCUAUGUAAAAUGAGUGACGCCUUUGGUUCUGAUAUCCGUCUAUUUGCGAAGUGAGUUCAACAUCGCUAUAUCUCAGCCUUUAUCAGAGCUAAGAAUUUACAAAGGAAAUUUGUGAACAUUGGACGUUUCUUAAAAAAUAUGUUAUCAUUGAUCCGAGAAAUAUAGAGGUGGGAAUAUUCGGACAAAACUUCAACCGAAAACGAAAGGUAGUUAGACGUAUUUAGCUCUAUAUUGAAUAGGAAAUUAUCUACAAAAUUUUGCAGCUGAGGAGAUUUAAAAGCCGACUAAGUUGUAUUUUAUUUUAAGAUAAUCAAAAAACGUUACAGUGAUUUGAAAAAAAUAUAUAAACAGCCAAUUAGACUGGGAUGCGAUACGUGAUGGCUUUCGUUUGCCCGAGUUAACGGUAGAAGCAGCUCACUUAUUCCGGUUCUUUGACGGUACUUCACCCAAAUUAAAUCAAUUAAAUGAAUAUUAAACUGUAUUUCAAAGUUCUUUGGUACCUGAAAAAACCUCUCGUUCCCCCUCAACCAACCAAGUUUCCGCCUCACCAUGUGAACCCCGCCUGGGGACCCUCGACGUGAGGUUUCUGGUUUCUCUUUUACUUGAUUCAAAAAUAAAAUUUGCAAAACAGCCGA